AUGAGUUUGUUCUACACAAUAUUUUUCGUUGAGGGAAAGUCAAUUCCAGUAUCAUUUCUGAGGCACUUGGAGGAGGAAUUGCAGGGUGAGCCACUCAAGAGUGUGGUGCUAAUGACUGAUUCACAACGUCAUUGGGAUGUUAAAAUCGAAGGCGGUCGCUAUUUCAAAGAUGGAUGGCAAGAAUUCUGUCUCUACAAUCAACUAGGAAUGGGUGAUUUUUUGGUGUUUAUACAUCAAAGCCAACUCCUCUUCCAAGUCGAGGUCUUUGAUCCCACUACUGCUUGUCAGCGCCUAUACUCCCCUACCUUCCACCGCCACCAUAAUUGCAAAGGUUUGGAAAAGAGGAAGGUAUUGAAGAACAAGUCUACUUCAAAAAGAAAACCAUUAGAUUUUGUUGUUGGCCUUGCUGCUGCUGGAGAAACUUCACGUUGUCAUGUGACUCUCACUUCCUACUGCUUUAAAAUGAAAUUUAUUUAUCUUCCAAUGCGCUUUUCAAGAACAAAUGGUUUUGAAAACAGAAAUUAUAACAUGACACUGGUAGAUGUAGAUGGUAUGUCUUGGAAAGUGAGGCUGAGUUUCAAUAGAAAUAGACGUCAAUGCUACAUUAGAAGAGGAUGGAGUUAUUUUCAGGUUGCAAACAAUCUUAAUCCUGGAGAUAUACUUAGCUUUCAGCUCCUUAAAAUUGGGAAAAGGCCUAUCUUGAAAUGCUAUGGAAUUCAGAAGCAGAAUAAUAGCACAAUUGAUGAAGAAUAA